AUGAAUAUUGUUGAGUCGAUUGCUGUUUUGCAAACCGUAUACCAAUUUGCAAACUUAUCGCCAUGGAUUUUAGAUAAAAAAACCUGGUCAUUUUCACAGUCACGAGUGUUGGAAGUUUAUACUACGAUUGUUGUAAUCGGUUCGUCGGCGCUAAUGCUAUACAGUUUGUUCACGGAUGAUAUUCUCGUUAAAGCCAGCGACAAUGAGAUAGGCCAAACUGUAGACUCUAUUCAAAUGGUCGGUAUAAGGAUGGCACAUAUUGCCUCCGUCUUAGAAUCGCUGCUAAGAAAAAAUGAUCAAAGGAAAUUCUAUGACGAAGUUAAAGAAAUUGACCGCAUGUUUGAAAGUUCUUUAGGCAUAACGAUAAAUAACCAUUUAUUUCGUCGAAAAACUGUAAAUCGCGGAGUCGCCAUGUUUUUAAUUUACAUGUUGUCAGAGUUCUUUAUAUUGGCAUCUAAGUUGAUUACAACGAAGCAUAAUUUUUUCUUAUUUUGGAUGUUUUAUUUGCUACCUAUGCUAAUCUGUGGGAUAAGAUAUUUUCAAAUGUUUACCAGCAUUUUAAUUAUUAAAGAACGCCUCAACGAACUUAUUGCUGUGCUCGAUGAGGUCAACUUGACGGCUGAAUCUUCAGACGAAAUGCAAGAUUACCUUAAAAACCCAACUCCCAUGAGAACGAUAACGACGCAAAAUCAUUGCAGAAACAUUUUCUCGCCUAAACGUCAACAAGAACCGAAUAUAGAAAAUUCACCACUUAUUAAAUUGGUUGUUAUACGUAACAUUUAUGAUCGGCUGCAUUCGCAAUCUGUUGUAGUAAAUCAUUGCUUUGGUGUAUCUAUGCUGAUAAAUGUGGGAAAUGACUUUAUUUCGAUUACAUCGAACUGCUAUUGGAUUUUUAUAAAUUUCAAAGAUUUCUCCUCGACAGUAAUAGAUUUUUUACAGAUCGCAUGCAGCGCUAUUUGGUCUGUUCCUCACUUGUUAAAUGUUUUGGUUUUGGCAUUUAUUUGCGAACGGACAGUGCACACCAGCGUUGACAUGGCUUUGAUAUUGCACCGAAUAAAUUCAAAUUUCAAUAAUGACAAAUAUGGCUCUGCGGUCACUCAAUUCUCCCUGCAAUUGCUUCAUCAAAAGUUAUCCCUUACUGCUGCUGGCUUUUUUACUAUUGAUAGUACACUACUGUACACGAUUGUGGGGGCUACGACAACGUAUCUAAUUAUCUUAAUACAGUUUCACUUAAAUGAAAUGAAAGCUAUUUAA